CAUUCGGCGAGGCGCGUUCGUAAUGAAAGGAGCGCGUGAGCAAGGUUUGCUGUGACUUCCUCGCUCAUCGGCAGCUACAUUGUGUGGAAAGCAGCACGUUGUUGGCUUCUCCACGCUGAACUUUACAGCGAAUUAACGCUCUCCUGUUCAAGGAGAUUAAAAAACUACCAGCUAUUCUCUCAGACAUCUUUAAGUUCUCCCAGCUUACGAAAACAUGUCUGCCUCGGCGGCAAAAGUGAGUAAAAAGGAGCUGAACUCGAACCAUGACGGUGCGGACGAGACCUCCGAGAAAGAGCAGCAAGAAGCUAUUGAACACAUCGAUGAAGUUCAAAAUGAAAUUGACAGGUUGAAUGAGCAAGCCAGUGAGGAGAUCUUGAAAGUAGAACAGAAAUACAACAAACUCCGUCAGCCGUUCUUUCAGAAGAGGUCAGAACUGAUCGCCAAAAUCCCCAACUUCUGGGUCACCACGUUUGUCAACCAUCCGCAAGUAUCUGCCCUACUGGGGGAGGAAGACGAGGAAGCGCUUCAUUACCUGAGCCGAGUGGAGGUGACAGAGUUUGAGGACAUCAAGUCGGGCUACAGAAUAGAUUUUUAUUUCGAUGAAAAUCCGUACUUUGAAAACAAAGUACUUUCCAAAGAAUUCCAUCUGAACGAAAGCGGAGACCCAUCUUCAAAGUCAACAGAAAUCAAAUGGAAAUCAGGAAAGGACCUGACCAAACGCUCCGGCCAGACACAGAACAAAGCAGGAAGAAAGAGGCAACAUGAAGAACCAGAGAGCUUCUUCACUUGGUUCACCGAUCAUGCCGAUGCUGGCGCCGACGAGCUCGGGGAGGUCAUCAAAGAUGACAUCUGGCCAAACCCCCUGCAGUACUACUUGGUUCCUGACAUGGAUGAUGAGGAGGGUGAAGGAGAGGAAGAUGAAGAGGAUGAGGAGGGCUUGGAGGAUAUAGAUGAGGAGGGAGAUGAAGAUGGAGAGGAAGAGGAAGAAGAUGAGGGAGAAGAUGGAGAGGAUGAUGAGGGAGAAGAUGACUAAGACACAGACCUUCACCUUCUAUUCCCCGUUUGUUUUUCCAUUCAUGUUUGGGAGCAAAGAUUUUACUUUUUUUCUCUCUUCCAAUAUUUUUUUUUUUAUUAUUUUUUUUAUAUAUAUCUGUAUGUGCUUCACUUUACAUUCUGAAGCCUCUCCGCCUGUUGGUGCCAUGUUAUGUUCUCCUUUGACUCAUCCAAGGCCAGUGACACUUGCCUUGAAUUGUGAGUACCAUCCCUGAAGUCAUCUCAGAAUUUAAAAACAAAAAAAUGUUAAGAAAAAUAAAAAAAAAAUAGAAAGCACGGUAUCCUGAGUAGAAUCUGAAGACAACUCGCACAUGUCCUCCUUUUUUCAAGGUUGUGUGGUAAAUCAACUAAAGCCAUGGUGUAGUGACCUAGCUCUAGCAAACCUUUCAAUAUUUUCUUCCCAAUUUUUUUAUUUUAUUUUUUGCUCCUCCCCUUUCACCCCUCAGUGGGACACUGUGCCCUUAAAAUGUAUUGUGGUUAACGAAUAUCUGCUCGUUCCUUUGACUUGUAAUGUUUAGAAGGGGGGGUAAUAUAGGGUAAGCUGGGGAGGGGGCAGGAGUCUGUUGGUUAUCGGGGAGAGUGAUUAUUUUGACACCAUUUCUAUGGGGUUUUUUUUUUUUCAUUGCAUUGUUUUACAGAUAUCCACAAGAUUUGAAAUGACGUUUUUAAUAAAGAGAAAAAACAAAAAAACUUGUAAAUUUUGACCCCCACCGCUUCAUAAGUUAAAGAAGUGUUAUCUCAGAAUUUACAUUUAAUCACCCGUUCCUUUUUCCGCUAGGGUGGGGUGGGGACUGUUUUAAAUUUGAGGUGUACAACUUGCUUUGUUAUAAUAAUAAAACUUAACUGUGUAUACACAA